CUUUUUCUUACAGCAUUUGUGCAUUUUUAUUUCCUUUUUGUUUCUAGUGAGAAUUUCUUUCCGUUUCUCUGGACACGUUACUUUUAUGUUUACCUGUGUGCUGCCGUAUUAUCUUUGAGGUGGUGGUUUGGCUUUUUUUUGGUUGCCGUUGUUUCUAAGUUCUUCAAUUAUUUUCCUGAAACUUUUCUAAUACACCUUUUUCACUGGCCUCUUGUUUACUUUGUACGAUCUUUUAACAAUACAGAAUUAGCCUUAAAAAACCUGAUGUCUUAGUUUAAAUACUGGAUGUAAUUUUUCAGGAAUCUGCAUAAACAGUCCUUUUGCUUAAGCUGUAUGGAGUGAUUUGAGGGUCAUAAUUUUCUUAGUUUCAUGCUUAUUUUAAGCAUGGAAUAUAACUUGAGGAUUUUUAUUUUUUUUUGGUAGGCUUGGUUUCGUAAAACUCCUCCGCCACUGGAACUGGUGAAAAUGCUGCGUGGAGAUUAGGAUGAGUAGGCUUGUAUGCCUACUUCUUUUUGGUUUUGUCUUUCUUUUUUCCAUAAUCAGUUAGUGUGCAGCUUUGCAGUAUUUUUAACUAACUCAACUUUGGUACAGUUCCAUUGACGUGAACUUGAGUGACUUUAGUUUUUAUUAUGAGGUCACUGAAAGCAGCAAUAUACACUAAAUUCCACUAAUAAAAAGCUGAAUUUCUGCUCUGAAGGACUUCCAGUUAAAUAUGCAAGGUGCACAACUAAUGGAAGAGAGAAAUGAUGGCGGAUGAUUUAGAAAAAUUUAUUGAAAACCAGAAGGCCAGGCUGGCACAAGAUAAGGCAGAACUUGAAAAUGAUCCACCUUACAUGGAAAUGAGGAAUAAGGAAUCCGAGAAACUUUCUGAAACUAGCAAGAUGUUCAUCUCCAUGGCUAAAGAAAAUAUACCUCCAAAUAGUCAACAGAACUAUCCUUUAGGUGACUAUGGCUUGAGUUUACCUCUUGGAGAAGAAUAUGAACGAAAAAAACAUAAACUCAAAGAGGAACUUCGACAAGAUUACAGGCGAUAUCUUUCUCAGGGUAUUUCACAGGCAAAAAGAAAGAAAAAUUAUCUCACUGCUGGUGAAGUAGAUCCACAUACUCAGGGAUUAUCUCUUCCUAUUGAUGAGCGAAAAUCUGCCAAGGAGAGAUUACGGCUUGAAAGAAACAAGGAGUACAAUCAAUUUCUCAGGGAUAAAGAAGAAUGGAAUGAAAGGCUAAGGAAAUUAGGAAAGAAAAACAGAGAGAAUGAGAUGCACAGGAAUAAAACACCUAUUGCUGUUACCAGGCUCCAGCCAGAAUUACAUACAGAAGUCCAGCCCUGUAAUACAGGUGCAGAACCUCCCAAGAAGGAUGCUUUUACUUCCACAGAAGGUUGUGAAGAGCUGAUAAAUAAGAGAUGGCUGGAGGAAGACAGGUACCACAGGUUAGAUGAUGAGGUUGAGUUGAGAAGUCGACUAUUAAAUAAAAGACUUGAUGAGGAUUUGGAUGUUCCCAGUCGAAGACAUCAUGGAUUUUCUAGCCAAUCUGUAAUUCCUACUAGGAAGCAUCACAGAUUUGAUGAAGAUGGUGAUUUUGGUAGAAGAUACUACAGACUGGACUAUGAUCCUGAGACAAAUGCAGAAAUGGACCCUAGAUUUAGAUGUGAAAGCACCUAUGACAGAAAAACUCCCCGGGGUUUUUAUGCUGAAAGGCCCUUUCUGAAUGGAAUGGUAAGAGAUGUACCUGCAGAUUAUGAAGACAAAUUAAAGGAGAGAGCACGUGUGCGGCCGUUCUCAAGAACUGGAGAUUCUAGAAAUCAGGUACAGAUUAGUUCUUCAGCUAAUGAACAGGCCAAGUCUGCAGCUGAAGGGCGGUAUGCAACAGGCCUUGUUCUUGGUGGUCAGGACCGAGAACUUCUCCGAAGGAGAAAGGAGAAAUACAGACAAGAACUAAUGGAACAGAUCGCUGAGCAACAGCGAAAUAAGAGACGUGAGAAGGAACUUGAGCUCUCAGUUGCUGCUUCUGGAGCUCGAGACCCAGAAAAGAAGCCAAAUAGAUUGAAGCAGUUUGGCUUAACAGCAAGAGCUUUUGAAGAGAAAGUACCUCCUGAAAGGCCCAGGGUGGCUUUCCAAACUCCAAUGCCUGCCCGUUCAGCCUCUCCUGUGAAUGAAGACUCUCAGAGUGAUAAAGACUUCCAGAGGGGUGUAGUCAGCAGUCUUGGGGAAAUGGCAGCUCCCAGUUGUACAACAAACCAAGGAAUUGUGUCCAUUUCUUCUUUAAGGCUUGCACCAUUGCCACCGCCUCCACCACCAGUUUUGACAGACAACUAUAAAACACCUUAUGAUGAUGCUUAUUACUUUUAUGGCGCUAGGAAUCCUUUGGAUCCUGCUCUUGCAUACUAUAGUACAGAUAUGAUGGGGACACAACCAAUGCCUGGUCUGGAUCCUUUAGGCCAAGCUCCAGUAGAGCAGCCUGUAAGUAACAUUGGACAGAGGAAUACAGGAGACAGACAAAGAAGCAUAGGAGUGUAUUCUGAAGAAAAAACAAAGCCUUCCAAAGAGGCAACAUUAUCUUAUCAACAAGAAUUACAGCAACAGAUAAAAGAGAGAGAAGAGCGACGCAGACAAGAGCGAGAGGAGAAGGAGAAGUUAGAUGCAGAAAUGAGGAAUUACAAUCCUUGGGGAAGAGGUGGUGGUGGUGCUCCUCUGAAAGAUGCAGAAGGAAAUCUAAUAACGGACUUGAAUAUCAUGCACAAGCGAAAUGAAGAGGCAUAUCAUAAUCCAGAGGCAAGACUAUAUGAAGAUAAAAGGGCUAUUGUUGACCUAAGUUUGGCCUCCUCGAGACCUGAGAACUCAGAAGCAUCUACAAAUAAAAUAGCAGGUAUUACAUUUGCACAGGCCUCUCCUUUUGCUCGAGGUAAUGUGUUUGGUGAACCUCCAUCUCCAGAGCAGCUUAAGCGACAGGAAUCCUACAAGAACUUCCUGCGUCUACAGAUUGAAGAAAAGAGACGUAGGGAAGAAGCAGAGCGAGAAAAACUUAGAAUGGAAGAAGAAAAAGAAGAAAAACGACUCGCAGAGCAGAGGAUGAGAAUUCAAAAAGCAUAUGAAGAGGAACUAGAGGAGAGAAGGAGGAAAGAUGAGGAGCGAAGGUUGAAAAAUAAAGCAGUAAUUCACUUAGAGGAAGAAAGGAAAAAAGAGGCAGAAAAACAGCGAAAAGAAAAAGAAAAGCAAGAGGAACAACUUAGACAAUAUUUUGAGAAAGAAAAGAUGGAAGAGGAAAAGAAGAUGUUAUCACGACAAUCUUCGCCCAUCAUUCCCGCUCUUCAGAACAAAUCAGUAAGGAAAGAAGAGAGGAUUUCCUCUGCUGAGAGCCAUCUGUCCCACUAUGCACAGGAUCCUGCACAGCCAAGAGCUCCUUCUCCACCUGUCCCUGCUAGAAGGAAUCAGCUGCGUUCAUUAGAGGAAAGGAAGAAUGUGAUAAAUGAAUUAUCAGAGAUGAGGAAGCAGCUUCGUAGUGAAGAGAGGAGACUGCAGGAACAGUUGCUAAAUGUGGCCAGUCAUGAUAAUGUACCAAUUACACGCAGGAGGAGAGAGAAGAAUCCAAGGGACAUAUUUGAGAUGGCCAGGCUUCGUCUGCAGGCUCCAGUUCGGCGACCUUCCUUAAAGGAGGCACAAGAUCCUGUCAAUAUACAGAAUAUCUGGGAAUUUAAUGAACUUAAAUACAAAGAUCCUGAAACUCGUAUGGGCUUGAGGCAAAUGUAUCCUGAUCCUCCAAGAGAUGACCAGACUCUAGAAAUUCAACAGCAGGCACUGUUGAGGGAGCAGCAGAGGAAACUUGACAGAAUGAGAAUGAGGAGAGAAACAGAAGCUUUUGAUGAUCAAGAUGAUUCUGCUUUGGACAGCUACCCAGAAACCAUGGGCCCGUUCAGGACCAAAUCUAGUGAAUUCCAGAAAAAUUCACUGUUGGAAUCGGAUAGUGCUUUUAUUGGUGCUAAUGGGGAAACGUUUUCUGCCCUAGAAGAAGUGAAUUUAUUACCACAGCAUCCAUCUUCUGCAAGGGAGAGGAGACGACUAAAGCAGAGAGCUUUGGAGAGUGCUGAGGAAGUUCCACCGGGGCAGACACUGUUGCUGCAGCCUGACAGCUUCUCUUUGCACUCAAACUUCAGCCUCGAUGUUGAUCAGGUGAAAGGCAGAAAUGAGGAACGACUGCACAGACUUACUGAGCUCCAGCAGAAAUCUCCUUCCUUGGGUGAUGACAUUUCCUUAGGAGACGUGGACGACCUUCUGAAGCGCUCUCAGUCCCACGCCAGCUCCACUGACACGGUGGCGACAGAGCCCUGGCUGCGGCCGGGAACGUCGGCCACGCUCCGGCGGCUGCUGGCGGAGCAGCCAGGCUCAGCAAGGCUGUCCCCGGAGAAGGCGCUGCCGCUGGGCUGGCAGGGCCUCUCCACGGCGCACGGCUGACUGCGCCCGGAGAGCCGCGGCCGAGGAGGAGCGCCCGCACCGCUGCCUGCCGCGGAAUCCUGCAGGGAGAGGCCUCUCCCGUGUACCGUGUGGAGCUGUGUGUGGAACUGGAAACAGCAAUAAUAAAGGAUCAGACACUGCAGUGGAACCGAGGUGUAGCCCAGGGAUGGUUUCUGUUCCAUGACGUGGGAAAUGGAGGAAUAGCUUGGCAGCUUUUGCACUUUUUAUACAACUUAAGUUUCAGCCUCAGAAACAGUGUGGUGUGUAUGAAUUUGAUAUUAAAUCAGAGAUAUUUUUUAGCUUUAUAGUCAAAACUUUUAAAACUUGCUGGCAUUAGGACAGCCCCACAGCACAAGGGCAUUAGGUUUUUUACCCAAAGAGUGAGUAACUUGAAGAAGGACACUUGGUUUUCACACAGAAUAAAUGCUGUCCUGCAUGAAAGCACAGCUAACACUUUCAUAGUCAUUUUUUUUCCUAUCAGCAAUCUGUCUUACAUUCCCAAACUUGUCAUGUGCUGAAAAUACAGAUACUGUUGAAUAUAUUUAUGUUUCUGAUUGAAGAGUUUAAUAAAGUAUUUUGUUACUAAAAUUA